AUGAGCAGCGGCGCGGGCCGCGACAGCAGGAAGGGUAGCCUGGGAAGCAUCGACGGCAGCAGCCAUGAAGCCCAAACCGUCGGCACCCUCCUGGCCGCCAUCGCGAGGUGCCUAACCGAGGCCGUGCGCAUCCUCAUGUUUGCCGACAAACGGCAAUGGGGACCCGACGAGUUCGAGCAGACCCGGGUGCUCGAGGAAGCCCUCGACGAAGCCAAAAAGGACUUUCAAGAGAUGGCACCGCUCGUACACGGGCAAUUCUACUAUGAAAACGACCGAACCCCCGAAUCCCUGCACGCCCUCCAGACGCUCCUCACGCGCUUCCAAUUCCACACGCAAAACUUUCGCGACUGGGCGCGCCAGGGCGGGCCCAUCAACCCGACCUGGGCCCGCGAGACCGCCCACAAGCGCCGCGCCCUGCACCGCGCCCAGUGCCGCGCCGCCGCCCGCAUCUUCGCCGCCACCGCCGCCGAGCAGGAGGGCCCCGCCCGCUGCCUCGGCGCCUUCCACGUCCACCGCCGCCUCAAGCGCGCCCAGGCUGCCCGGGAACGCAUGCCCGUUUGGCAGAGGGGGGAGCUGGGUUCUGGUAAUAGUGGUAGUGGGGGUGGUGGUGGUGGGGGGCAGGGGUUGGAGGCUUCGCGCCGGGCGGGGGAUUUGGAGGUGGCGGCGGAGGCGGCGGCGGGAAGGGGGGAGGGUGAUGAUGUUGUUGGUGGUGGUGGUGGUAGUGCUGCUGGUGGGCAAGAGAACGCAACGCUGGGGAGGAGGCGGAGUUUGGAAGAGCUCGUGCCGAGUUGUAACGAGGUGGGGCGGUUCCAGGUGCUGGGGGAGUCGCACGACGCGGCGUUCGUCUGUGAUUACUGCGAAGGGUUCAUCGUCUGGCCGGACCUGUCUAGCAUACCGUCGGAGCGGAUGUCGCUGGCGCCGACGGCCGUGACGGGCUACCCGCACUGGCAGGCCAAGGGGAUCAGCUCCGAUAAUGGGGAGGAGAAGGUGGUCGUGUUCGCGCCGCUGGCGAUCGCGAACCAUAUGCCGCCGGAGCCCGGGGGCUGGCAGGCGGGGCUGAUAUGCCCGUAUUGCGAGGAGGCUACGUACCUCGACGAGGGAGAGGACAGCUCCGAGCUGAAGUACGUUCAGGACGAGAGUGGGUUUCCGGAUUUGGAGGCGUUUCGGGAGCAUUUGGAGUGGUACCACACUGCUAUGCCGGUGCCCCCGAUAUCAUCUUUGGCUUCGACGCUGCCAUCGGCGUCAAACUGCAACGUUAUGUAA